CUUGAAUUUGCCUUUAUUCAAUACAGAGAUACAUUUCCCAAGUGUCAGGUUCCAUGAGAACUUCAAUUGGCUAAAAGCAAUGCUUAACGCACCACUGGAAGAGCAGUCAUUGCUACCACACUUCACUUAAAUAGCCGGAUAUUAUUCAUUCAUUACCUGACUCGUUCCGUGCUGGUCAUCUGGUUCUGACGAAGGAAAACUAAGAUACCAGUCCAGUCUCAGAAACCACGGUCUAGACUUAUAGCGACAAAUUACCAUCCACGAUGCAUUCCAAACCACCGAAAUCUAGCAUCCUCAUACAAACAGCUCUCUCUCUAAUACUUAUCGUCACUCAGACACUCACAUACCAGCCCAUAUCCAACAACACUCUCACUCACCUCCCUCGACCAAACACAGACUUCAACAUAUACAACGGCACACUCCUCUCCCCUAUCCUUCGAACCCGCGUCCCAGGAAGCCCAGGCUCGGACGCAACCAGAUCCCAUUUCACCAACUUCUUCUCCAGAACACUCCCACACUGGCAAGUCGAAUUCCAAAGCUCCACAGCCAAAUCCACUACCAAGGAAAUACCCAUCAUCAACUUCAUCGCCACUCGUGAUCCGCCCAGCAUUCCUUUGGGUAACUUCAGCAGAUUAACCCUGGUAGCCCAUUACGACAGCAAAAACUCCCCGGAGGGGCUCAUCGGAGCAAUUGACAGUGCAGCUCCCUGCGCUAUAAUCAUGCACAGCGUGAGAAGUAUCGAUGCAGCGUUGAGUCGGAAAUGGGCCACAUCACCUACGCUACAGAAGGCAGAGGGUAUACAAGUUAUCUUCACAGAUGGAGAGGAAGCGUUUGAUCCUGACUGGCCGGAGAUGUUAUUUGGGGCGCGAUCAUUAGCUGCCGAGUGGGAAAAUACACAGUAUCCGCCGUCUUCUACAUAUUCGAGUCGGAUCAUGGCCAUCUCGUUAUUUGUCUUGUUGGAUCUUCUUGGGUCGAGGGAGCCGAAGAUUGCGUCAUAUUUCAAUACGACACAUGGCGUGUAUCGGCGGGCUGCUGUGCUUGAGAAGCGGUUAAGAGGGCUGAAUCAGUUCAAGUCGCGUGGCACCGGGCCUUGGUUAAUUGAUGCUGAUAGAGACAAGGUUGGGAUGAACAGGUUUCCUAUCUAUGAUGACCAGGUGCCGUUCGUGGAACGGGGUGUGGAUGUGCUGCAUUUGAUUGAUGUGAAUCCUGAUACUGGGGACUUUCCGAAGGUGUGGCAUACCUUGGAUGAUACUGGGGAGAAUUUGGAUCUCGAUGUUGUAGAGGACUGUAGUGUUUUGCUUAUUGCUUUUAUUGUUGAGUGGUUGGAGUUGGAUGGCUUUAUGGUAUGAAGCUGAAGAUUACUGGAUAUUCUCUUGCUACUGAAGGUAGCAGUAAGGAUGAGAAACAGUCUAAAGAACUGUCAAUAUUAUUCAUAUCCUAUUGAAUCUUUUUGAAAUUGUAACAAUAUUUUCUUUUUGCAG